AUGAGUAAUCCCAUUGUUCCUUUUGGGAAACAAUUUAGGGCUAAAUAUUUCACUAAUAUGGAUGAUGAAGUGUUUCCUGUAAAUCAUGGAUCUUAUGGGUUGACACCUACUCCAGUACUUGAAAAGUAUUUGGACUUGAUAGUCAAAAAUGCAUCAUACACCGACAAGUUUAUGAAGUAUGGUAUUAAAGACAGUUAUGUUGAAUCAUUGAAGGCAGUGGGUAGAGUACUCAAUUGUGAUUACCACAAUCUUGCCUUUGUCGAUAAUGCUACUUCUGGUGUUAAUACAAUAUUGCGUAGUUACCCCUUGAAGAAGGGCGACAAGUUGGUUAUUCAAAGUACAGUUUAUGGAGCUUGUGGAAAUACGGUAAAGUUUUUGCAUGAUAGAUAUGGUGUUGAAUUUAUUGUUGUGGAUUUGAACUACCCAAUAACUGAUGAAGAAAUAUUAUCUAAAUUUGAACGAGUGUUUGUUGAAGAAAAGCCAAAGCUUUGCAUGUUUGAUACCAUAUCAUCCAUGCCGGGAGUUGUUUUCCCUUAUGAAAAAAUGACAAAGCUUUGUAAAAAAUAUCUGGUUUUGUCAUUAAUUGAUGGUGCCCAUGGAAUUGGUUGUAUUCCCCAGGAUUUAGGAAAUUUAAAACCAGAUUUCUACGUUACAAACUUACAUAAAUGGUUCUAUAUUCCAUUUGGUUGUGCCGUUUUGUAUAUCGACCCUAAGCAUCACAAUGUUGUUCAUACUUUACCAAUUAGUCAUCUGUAUCUUGAAGAUCACGUCAAAUUAUCUGAUGGAGAUCAGAAAAACAGGUUAAUUGAUCGAUUUUUCCUCUAUGGGACCAAAAAUUUUGCAUCAAUUCAGGUGAUUCCCGAAGCUAUUAAGUUUAGAUCUGAAGUUUGUGGCGGCGAAACAAAGAUUUAUGAUUAUUGUCACGGUUUGGCCAAACAGGUUGGUGAGUUGGUCUCAAGAAAAUGGGGUACUUCAUAUUUAGAUCAAAAAGGUUCAACUUUGAUUAGUACAAUGGUUACAGUUGAGGUUCCAACACAAGAUUAUCCCGAGAUUGUGAAAAACUGGUCUGUUAUUGAUCAUCAUGUUUAUAAUAAAAUGUUUGAUCGUAAGGCUUACACCCCUUGUAUCGCCCACAAUGGGAAAUUGUUUGCUAGAUUUUCAUGUCAAGUUUACAAUGAAUUGAGCGACUACGACUAUGCAAGUGAUGUUGUGUUAGAGACUUUAAAAGAAGUUGCCUCCGAACAAUACAAAAAACAUAAGUUAUAG